AUGAAGGUUUUAGUUCUUUCGCUGGUCUUCUGUAGCCUCUGCUCAGGUUUCGUGCAAAUCAAUGAUGCAUCAUCAAGUCGAAACUUUGCUUUGGGACAAGAGAAUGCCAAUCUCGAUGAAGCACGUCGCCAAGUAUUAUCUCAAACGCUUGCGAUUGGAACAAUGGCUAUCCUCCCUACAAUUUCCAAUGCUGCUGAUUCCAAGGCAUUGUCGGAGGAAUAUCGUCAAGGAACAGCAGCGUUGGGGGAUAUGGACGAUCAAGCCCCAGUCCCAAGAGAAGCAUACAAGAAACUGUCAUCUGGUGUCAUUUAUGCCGAUUUGAGACCAGGAAAUGGAGAGGAGGUCAAGGAGGGUAGUCGAGUGAAUCUGCAGUGGGUGCUUCGAAAGUCCAAUGGCUACUUUGUAGAUUCUAGUGAGGUGAAUGGAUCAGUCCCAUUCAUAUUCACAGUUGGCGAUGGCAGUGCCAUCAAGGGCGUCGAUGAGGGUAUGCGAGGGAUGAGAGCUGGUGGAGUGCGUCGUCUUCUGAUACCGCCUAGUUUGGCCUAUGUUGAUGGUUUGGAAGAUGGCAAGCCAGGUCCACUACCUGUAGGCUUUGGCCCUAGACAGCAAAUGCGCCGAGUGCAAAAUGCUCGAAAGGAUGUACCUGGAGAAUACGUGUACAUUGAGGUCCAAGUCACAAGAGUCAGGUAG